AUGAAUUAUUAUAACAAUUGUAAUGGGACUACAUUAAUAAAAAGAAUCCACUUUUCGACAUUAUCGCCUUCUAAGAUUAUUCAGGAUGCACAUCAGUCCUGUUUCAAGGAUAUUGAAAAGUCAAUAAAAGAAGAUUCAUUUUCAGCCUAUGCAAAUGAACUAAAAAAUUGUAUACUCUCGAAACAGGAAGCGGCUUCUGCGCUCAAAAUAUGUUUAGAUUUGAAUUUUUUCGAGCCAAAUCUCUUUAGAGAUUUGAUAAAACUGCUAGAAGAUGAGUAUUUUAAGCCUGUAUUACUAGAAGAUUCAAAUGAUAAGCAUGAACUGUACAAUAUUACUAAAUCAAAUCCUUCAAACACAUUUAAUUUCAUAAAUUCAUUAUCCGUAAAGGAUAAAUCAAUGAUUAUCAUAUGGACAUGUAAGGUCAAUUCAAAUGUUAAAAAGUUUAAACGUAAUUUUACAGUUAAAAGAUCUGAAAAAAUCGACCCAGAAAAGAAAGAAUUAUAUAUAACUAAGAGGACAGGAAUGGUAUUAGACCCUAUUCCAAUAAGAGCAAAAAUGUCUUUUAUUCCACCAGGAAAAAAGCUUUCAAAUAUGCUAUCGAUGCAACUUAGAGAUCAUGUUCCUAACGCUGAUUUGAUGGAGUUGUGUUACAUUUCACAUAUAUUUUCAACACCUUUACCCCUCUCAGGCCAGUUAAAUGAGGAUACAAUUGAGCUUAUAGCUGAAAAUUUUUGUAAAUUUGAUUAUUUGGAGCUUUCUAAGAGCAUGUUUUCACUUUCCUCGUUCUGUAGGUAUGCCAAAAAUAGGUUUUUGGAGGUUUCCUCUUUUAUGGACCCAAAUAUAAAUAGAAGACCAACUAGAGGAAAGGUACUUGAGAAAAUAGAUUAUAGGAAAUUAUCCAAUAAGUUUGUAAGGAAAAUGUUAGAGUCGGUUGAGAACUAUAUAAACUCGACGGAUUUGGAGGAUGAUUACAUUGGAUAUUUGAUGGUUAAUUCAGAUAUUACUGUUCAUUUACACAUUUUAAAUAAUCUAGCCAAUUCUGACAUUCCAAUAUCAAUAAAUGUCUGGGAGAAUUUGGUAAUUAAGUUGGAGAAAUUGAUGGAUUAUGUAAAAAAUUUCGAUGUUAAGGAGAUCGGUCUUUACUGCGACUCAGUUUUAAGCGUAAAGUACACAACGGAAAACACAAUAGAAGUUUCGAGAAAGAUGUUCAAAAACUUCACAGUCGCCUGUGAAUAUAACAAAGAAGACUAUUACCUAAUUUCACAAAUACUAAAAUAUAUCCUGAAGAAUCGUCUGAUAGGUGAUUCCUCUGACUUAUUAAGUGAUUCAAGUGAGUUGAUAAGGUGUAUUUGCACAUUGACCCUGAAUAAUAUGGAAAGAAUAGAACCAUCAGUAAGAGUUCCUUUGGUAAAGUAUCUUUACACAUUUUCAAGUCUUCUUAACGAUAAUGAAAAGGAAGAAUUAAUGUAA